CGCAAAGUGACCAACUAUCAGUGACCGUCGUGCAGCUGAUUUAGAUUUAAUUCUAAAUGAAUAAUGAUUUGAAACAGUACAGUAUCAGCCAAACGUGUUCAUCCCCCACUUCUACACAGUUCUGUUAUCAUUCGACCACGUGUUUUAUCACUGCUAGUCUAAAUAUUAAGACCCGUAGAGCGUGAAAAACAUAGAAACCAUAAGGAAUAAGACGUCCACUAUGUCUGAGGUAUCAAGAGAAGCACCAAAUAAAAAAUUAAUGACGACUUGCACAAAUGUCUCAGUCCAGGCUCAUCAUGUAUCAAGGACUAAACGUGGACAGACCAUUGGUAUGGUGCGUGGAUUCCGUGGAUGCACUGUGUGGUUAACAGGACUCUCUGGUGCUGGUAAAACUUCAAUAGCGUUCCAAGUAGAAGCUUUCUUGGUUGACAGAGGAAUAGCAGCCUAUGGCUUGGAUGGUGAUAAUGUAAGAACUGGACUGAACAAAAAUCUAGGCUUCAGCAAAGAAGAUCGUACAGAAAACAUAAGAAGAGUUGCAGAAGUGGCAAAGUUAUUUGCAGACAGUGGUCAGAUUUGUUUGUGUAGCUUCGUGUCGCCAUUUGAAGAAGAUCGACAAAUGGCAAGAAAAAUCCACAAGGAAUCGGAUUUACCAUUUUUCGAAGUGUUCAUCGACACUCCUCUAAAUGUAUGCGAGGCACGAGAUACCAAGGGACUUUAUAAGAAGGCUCGUCAAGGAACAAUAAAAGGAUUUACUGGAAUUGAUCAAAAGUAUGAGAGACCAAUUAAUCCAGAUUUAAUAGUCACUACUGAGAAUUGUACAUUGGAGGAGUCGGCAUCCACUGUCAUCGAUCUCUUAGAGGAACAUUGUAUCAUUCCGAUUCUUCCAAAGUCAGGUGCUCCUAUACGUGAACUCUUUGUAUCAGAGUCCAGAGCAGCUUCAGCUAAAGCGGAAGCGGAAACUCUUCAGAGUGUAGAAAUAAAUGAGAUAGAUGUACAGUGGCUUCAAGUAUUAGCCGAAGGAUGGGCAGCACCUCUGACAGGAUUUAUGCGUGAAAAUCAAUUGUUACAGACUCAACAUCUUAAGUGUCUUAUCGAAGAUGGCACCGAAGUGAAUCAAUCAGUACCAAUAGUAUUGGCAGUGAGCACUGCGGACAAGAAUCGUUUAGAAGGACUUUCAGCAAUAACUCUAAAACGUAAAGGUCAAUCACUUGCUAUACUGAGGAGGCCAGAAUUUUAUUUUCACAGAAAAGAAGAACGGUGUGCCUGGCAAUUUGGUACCACAAAUCUAGGUCAUCCUUACGUAAAGAUGAUCUAUGACUCUGGUGAUUGGUUAGUCGGUGGAGAUGUUGAAGUUCUAGAAAAAAUUAAAUGGCACGAUGGUCUUGAUGAUUACAGAUUAACCCCUAAUCAGAUUAGAAAGAAAUGCCGUGAAAUGGGUGCUGAUGCAGUCUUCGCGUUUCAGCUUAGAAAUCCAAUUCACAAUGGACAUGCUCUUCUUAUGCAGGACACAAGAAAACGUCUAUUAGAGGAGAGAGGAUUUAAGAAUCCUAUUCUUCUGCUGCAUCCUCUUGGAGGCUGGACCAAGGACGAUGACGUUCCUCUGGACACUAGGAUAUUACAGCAUAAGGCUGUUCUUGAUGAAGGAGUAUUACAUCCAGAUUCUACUCUCUUAGCUAUAUUUCCCAGCCCAAUGAUGUACGCUGGACCGAUAGAGGUACAGUGGCAUGCAAAGUCAAGAAUGAAUGCUGGUGCCAAUUUCUACAUAGUUGGCAGAGACCCAGCAGGUAUGCCGCAUCCUAACAAGAAAGCAACCCCUGACGGGAACCUCUACGAUCCCAGUCACGGCGCCAGGGUUCUCACAAUGGCGAGAGGUCUACAAAGCCUCGAAAUCAUUCCCUUUAGAGUUGCUGCUUAUGAUACUAAGAACAAGCGUAUGGCUUUCUUUGAUCCAGAACGCAAGCAAGACUUUGACUUUAUAUCAGGCACAAGAAUGCGAGGAUUAGCCAAGUCCGGUGAGAAACCACCUGACGGCUUUAUGCCGCCAAAAGCUUGGAAAGUAUUAGCCGAAUAUUACCAGAGUUUAAGUAAAAAUUAAUGAUUAUUUUACACUAAAUGAAUCUCUCAUAGAGCCUGACAAUUGGAGUUCUUAGCGCGGAAAUUAUACGUUUAACUAUUACUUAGCGCACGGGAAUCCAUAUCUUUUUAAUCAAUGAAUAUUUUUUAAUGGUAAAAAUUAUUACUCCUUGUACAGCAUUCCAACACUUGUCAUUUACAUUAACACUUGGAAUUAAUGAUGGCAUUACUAGGUAGAGCGAAGGCUCAUUGUUAGAGAUGUUAUAUAUAUACGGGCAAUUCUUUUUAGCUUGUAAACUAUUGAAUAGUAUAUAUAUAUUUACAUAUAUACUAUUAACACAAGAACAUAAUAGCACAUGGAGCUUCUUAUAUUUCCAAAGCUUUGUAAUAGUCGAUGCAACAAAACUUUGGUAUUAAUUUUUUAAUGCGAUGAUCAAUAGUAUUAUUUGAUCAUGAUGGAAUGGCAAAUAUGGAACAGUUAUAUUUUGUAUGUAUUUUAUGAGCAUAUAUAUCACGAUCGAAUGUUCAAAUAAUUUAUCAAUAUAUCUAUAAAUUAGUUAAUUGUGAACGUAUUAUAUGUAAUCAAAUAUUACCAAUGGGUAUUCUAAACUUUUAUUGUAAUAUAAUGAAUGGUCUUUAGGAUAUUUAAUACAGAAACGAUAUGUUUAAUAGAAAAUUAUGUAUAUAAGUCGUUUCUUAAUAUUUUCAACGAAUCAAAGAAAGAGUUAACUACAAAAAUUUCUUCUUUCUUCUUCUCACGAUUCCUGACGGGAUUAAAAGACGUCUGAUAUUUAAAAUAUUUUAUUGGCGCAAUACAGUGCUGAUGGAGUACAGAUUAAAAAAAGAUAAGAGAAAGAAAAGAAAGACAAACGUUAUCUAAUAAAAUAGAACAAGAAGUAUGUAUGUAUGUAUGCAUAAUUCACUAUAAUUAUUAAUGCCACAGCAGCAUAUUCUCUUUACAAGUACAUAAAGUUUAUCCUAAUGUACAUCGAAUUGUUUAACAGGCAAUUCUCUUUAGUCCGUAAACUAUUGAUAUUUGCCAAGGCAUAAUAACAAAAAAAAUAUUAUU